UGAAAGUUGAUUAUUUUAAUAAAUGUUGUUAUAAACAUUAAAAUUCAGGAAUAGGAGUAAAAAUGGUGUCCCGAAGUUUAACAGAAGUGUUUAUCCUAAUGAGAAAUAAUGCUAUCCAUAGCCGACAGAUAUUUACUGAGGCAAAUGACUCAGAGCGAGUGGGUUUGAUGCGUUCAAACUCUCGUGAUCUGGAAGGAGGUAUAGAGCUGAAGGCAGACACCAGUGCACCACCACCUUGGACCGACUCUUUGGAGGAGGCACACUAUGUUAUCACAAGGUUACGUACCAAGAUAUCAGAGUUGCAGACACGUCAUGAGCGCCAGAUCCGGCGUCCGGCGCUCGACGACAGCACCGAGCAGCAGUACAUCAGUAAACUGACUGGAGAGAUCGGACGGCUGUUCACGCAUGCGCACACGCAUCUUUCAGCGAUAAAAGCACAGGCAUUGAAUGGUAACAAAACAGAACAAAAAUUAGCCAAUAACGUUGUAUUAGCGCUGGUCACAAUGGUACAAGAUUUAAGUGUAACAUUCCGCACAGCGCAAUCAAACUAUUUAAAAACAUUGACAUCACGAGAAGAAAGAUCCAAAGCCUAUUUCGAUCUUCCCAACUUUGAAGAACUGAAUUUAGGUGACAAUGAUCUACUUCCCGGAUUAACAAACAAUCAGACUGAUCUUCUCUUCUCUUUACCGAGUACAUCACACAAUUAUCAUGAAGAUGAAAAAGAUUUAGAUGGAAUGUUCCAGAAGCAAGCUUUAAGUCAGAAACAGAUGUUACUAAUGCAAGAAGAAAAUACACAAAUGAUUGCCGAAAGAGAGGAAGAAGUUAAUAAAAUCGUUCGGUCUAUUGUUGAUUUGAACGAAGUAUUCAAAGACUUGGCACAUAUGGUUCAUGAACAAGGUACAGUAUUAGAUAGAAUAGAUUAUAAUAUAGAGCAAACUCAAGUACAGGUACAUGAAGGGUAUAAACAAUUACAGAAAGCGGAAAGAUAUCAACGGAAAAAUAGAAAGAUGUAUUGCAUUUUAAUGUUAGCUGCAAUCAUCAUUGUCUUAGUUAUUCUACUAAUUAUAGUGAAGAGUUAAUGAUUUUUAGUG